AUGUGCGUAUUUCAUCCCUGUUUAUUUAAAUCUUUUUUUCUAUUACUCUACAGCAAUGCACUCUCCUCCAGUGAUGCUUUAGAGCUUCUAGUAGGCAAAUCAUGGAAAGAGCGACAAGAGGGCCUAAAUCAACUUAAUCAACUGUUGUCCGAGCAUAAGUUCAUCGAAGGUUCUGGGCAGAUUAUUCAGGAAACACUGGCCCGUCUCGCUAAGAGCUGCUGUGAUGUUAAUAAGAUCAUCGGAAAGAACUCCUUGGUCCUCCUAGAGACCUUCGCAAAAGCGAUGCGUUGCUCGGACGCAGCGAAGCUUGUCAAGUGA